AUGGGGGAUGAUUCGGGAAGGCUGUAUCGUUUGGAUGGAGUCGCUCACAUCGCCGGGGUGAUCAACGACGAGCCCCAGCGCUGCAUAUCGAGUAUGCGGUGGCAGCAGAAAAUGCGACUGGAUGAGCGGUACGUUCUGUACUUGCAGAUGGUCGGAUUAUACCAUCUUGCGAGACUGAAUGAUAGAUGGUUCCGAUUAGACGAGCCACUUGUGAGUGCAUUCGUCAAGCGGUGGCGUCCGGAGACGCACACUUUCCAUAUGCCGUUCGGAGAGUGCACGAUCACACUUCAGGACAUAGCAUACCAUUUGGGGUUGCCAGUGGACGGACAUUGCGUGAGUGGCUGCCUUACGGAUUUCCAUGAGACCUUCGAAGAGUGCCCCGAGUGGGCCGACGAGGAGACAGUUAGGCGCUUUGCCCGUGCCUAUAUCAUGAUGUUGUUGGGCACCCAACUUUUUGCCGACAAGUCCGGCAAUCGUAUUCACAUCAGAUGGCUACCGUACGUGGCUAGGCUUGAGGAGAUGGGUGGCUACAGUUGGGGGUCGGCGGUGCUUGCAUGGCUAUACCGGUGUAUGUGUCGAGUGGCCAACAGACAUGUCGUGAAGUUAGAUGGGCCGUUACAGUUACUUCAGUCCUGGAUAUUUUGGCGUUUUCCUAGAUUUUGGCCUGAUGGGUUUGAUUCGUUUAGCUGGCCCCUGGCAUCCAGGUGGUCAGGUUACAAUCUUGACGUUAGCGAGAAGGGACCUCGGGUUCAGAUGACCCGGCUGAGGAUCGACAUGUUACAGCCUAGGGAUUUUAUCUGGAUGCCAUAUAGCACACCAGAGGUCGUUCAGGUGGUCCAUCCGGAGGUGCUGGAGCCUCGUCAUACGGCUUUAUGGCGUUUCGUCACCUCGCUGAUAUAUUUUGCCGUGGUUGAGUGGCACCAGGUUGAUCGGGUGUUACCACAGUUUGGAGGAGUACAGGCUCGCCCCCGUCCCGCCUUGAACAUCGACAUCUUGAUGUCGAAGGACGGUAGAGGAGGUGAUCGUUGGUUUCCGUCUCAGUUACAGCACUGA